AAGUGCGCUGAUGAAAUGAGGACGAGCCGGGGACGCGGCUCAACUCGGUGUAGUUUGUGCUUUUUCCCCAACGACCUGAUUCGGGUUUGUUCGGUGCCUGGACAACUAAACUGGAAGCUCAGCCGCUCUCUUGCGUUACUUGUGCGGGGGAUUAGGAAGUGAUUUUCUACAAUGAUGACUAAAGAUCUUAACGUAGCAGUUGUGGAAAAUAAAAGCGGUGGACUGCCAAUUAGAAAUGGUUUAUAUUCUCCAAUGCGAAGUGCUGCAGUAGCUAAGGACUUGCAUCAGCGGUACAAAGAUCUACUUGAACCUCUCAGUCUGUUCACAUCUGAGCCUAAAGAUGCCAACUUACCAGUAUUGCAUCAGGAGCGUCCAGUAACCCCUAUUGAUGAGAAUGUGAAGUUGGCCCCAUCAUCCCUCGCUGAUCUUUGUCAAUUGGUUCAGAGGAGAAUUGCUGCAAAAUCGGAGGUUAAAACUGUUUCUGUGGCAACCCAGCAAGAACUGGGAGGAGUCAUUCUAUCAGAUGUGAAGUUCCUCUGGAAGGAAUUUGAGCUCUAUUCUCAUGACGGUACUUUGACAAAAAUGGAAAAUAAAGAGCUCAGCCGCCGAAUGACUACUCACAUCAUUACAGUGUGUGAAAAACUAUUCCUUCACUAUCUUCGUAUGGUGAACGUAGUAAGACAACAUUCUGUUUUCACUGAUGAGGCCAACCUGAGUAGAUUAAAGGCCCAACUUGCUCAUGAUUGCACUAAGUUCUUGAAUAUGCGAGCUAUAAAACAUCAAGUUUCUAAAGAAAUCAAGGCCCUGCGCAAAUCAGGAGAAACUGAUGACAUUUCUGAAAAAGAAAAUGCAGCAAAAUAUAAACCUACGAUCAGCAAAUCAACAUCUCCUAAGGCUCCUUUUACCUUCAAGUACCUCUUCAACCUUAGCCGACCCAAGGGACCACCAAAACCAAAGAAGCAAACAAUAGAAAGUGACCUUAAAGAGAUCAAUGACAGUAUUCCACAGCUGGAUCUAAUGCAGCUCUAUAAUGUGGUACUUGGUGAAGCUGAAUCAGCUGGCGAUCACAAACCAAUGGAGAUUGUUGCAGUACGAAAUCUCAAUCUUCAAGAACAACAAAAUCAAGACGUUGACUUAACCAAAAAAAUGCAGCUAGAACAUCAAGUAAAUGUAAAGAAUUGGAAAUUAAGUCAAACUACAAAAUCUGGUUUAUCAGAAAGGGAAAAUAGCUAUUCCUUUACCUCAACUUCCCACAGGAAUUUGUUGCUUGGUUUCUACAAAGAGACGAAAAAUGAAGAAAAUGACCCUUUGUCAAUUGCUGAUGAUCUGCAGAACUUGUUGCAAAUUUCUACAGUUGGUCAAGGGGUUGCAGCUGAUCCAGAAACAACUCUUCCUCCUCUGAUUGAAGCAAUCACAUAUGAUAGGAGUAAUGAAAUUAAAAAGCAUAAGCAACAGAAAAUGCUAAAGGAACUUGAGGAAGAAGAGGAAAAAGAACUAAAGCAGAGAGUUCAAUCAAAGGAGCCAGAACAUGUACAGCCAGCUAUUGUCAACAUCAGAUUGUCCCAGAAGAUGGUGGCACAAGCAGCAGAUGCUCGUGUGUCAGACAGACAAUUUACUGACUCAGUCUACCUUGAGAUAUAUCCAGCUAUAUAUGAUCACCAACAGGAAGAGUUUGACCAGGAAAUGGUGAAAGCAAUGGACAAAAACUUAACUUUUGGAGAAGAGCUACAAGAGAUUUAUCAGGAUCUUUUGAAAAUGAUCCCAAAUGAUCACCUGUUAUUUGAUGAGGAUCCUGUAAUAGUCCCUCCAGCAGUAAAUGUGGACCUUGCUGGAUGUUUUCCAUCUGACACUUUAACUGGAAGGGUAAAGGAGCGUGUUAUUAACCCUGAGCUGAAGUUAUUGGAUUCAGAUUACGGGACCAAGAGGUAUUUAUUAAUGAAGAAAGAAAUUGAGAAAAGAAAAGUUGAAUCUGAAAAUCAAUUCCAAAAAGUUGUUCCACAGCAGGAUUUAAAUAUAAAUUUAAAUGAUUACCUGACAUACGUCCUUACACAGGGGUCUGACUACUUGGCAGUUCUCUAUCACUUCUACGAGAAUGAGGAUGAGAAAGAUGAGGAAAGAAGAGCACUUUUUGCUCGAGAAUUGGAAUUGAAACGAGAAGAAGAAAUGGAACUUACAGAAAUCCGCUUAGUAAAAGAAGAAUUUGUAACUGGGACAUGGAACAUAAAUACUAUAAUGCUUGGAGGUUUAGGAAAAGAACCUCUUCCAAAAGCUGCUGAGGAAAAAGUAAAGGUUCAGAAGCUGCUUGGGAAAAGCCCUGAUUUUGAAGAUAUAGAUCAUUUACAGAACAGACUACAACGCAUUUGGAUCCUUCUCCAUGUCCCUGAUAGAGAACGUCUUGAUAUGGCAAUUAAGUAUAGCUCACAAAAACACAGAGCCCAUGUUUCCAAGGCACUGGACAUAUGGGAAAAGGCUGUCCAACUGAUUCAAGAACGAGAGUGUAUUUUGAGCAAACUUGAACGUUUUGAACAAUUUGCAUCCGACCCCAACCGCUUCUUUGAAAAAGGUUACACAGGUACUUCAGUAAUGAGGUUACAGGAGUCCAAGAAGAGGGAUAAGUUUUAUUCGGACUUAUCACAAAUUGAAAAUCCGUUGUCCAAAAUACUAAAGAAAAUCAAAGAUAAUUUUGAGGAUGUAGUUUCUUUCAAGGGACGGCCAUAUGCAGAGAAAAUGCAGCGGGACAAAGUGGAGAUGCUCUACUGGUUGCAGCAGGAGAGACGGAAAUGUACUCUGCAGAGAAUCGCAGCCUAUAAACCUAUCGCAUCUGAAAAUAGUGACUUUCAAUCCUGCUUUUUAGCAGAUUUCUAGAAAAGUUACCUCACCCACCAACCCAUUCUACUCUGUAACUGCUUAAUGAUUUCUUUAAAAUGUUUAAAAAUUGUUCACUAAAGAACGCAAUGCAGGAGCUAUUGAAAAUAGUUGCAACAGUGGAUAAUAAGUUCAGCCGUAUUAUUAUAUUCUUCUUAUUCUUUGUAAGAUGUCAUAUGCAGAAGGAAACUUUUUCAGGUUUUUUUUAAAUUACGGUAUUUUAAUUUAACUUGAUUUUAUCUCUUAAAUGAACCCUGAUUUCUAGCUCUCUAGUUUUUUGUCGAGGUAUGCUUGUAAACCCGCUGCAAUAUAUAGCUUUGUAUCAAUUGAUAAAUAUUUAUUUUAUUUCUCCAUCCUGUAUAAAAUAGCUCUAAGUACAUUCAUUUUUAAAAGUUCUUUUGUUUUUAAACAUGGUUUUCAUUGUUAUUUUUUCUCUAUCAAUUGUUUUAGAAAAUGUUCUAAUAUCACGUGGUUAUCUUAGGCUGCAACUGGACGUCAUUAUAAUUCCUAUUUCACAGUGACCUCAUAUUAUAAUCAAGCUAUCAAUCUUCUAACGUCAGCUUUGUAUAGUAUCAGGGACUUCUAAAGUGGUGGAAUUUAACAGAAGUGUGAUUAUCUCUGGAAGGUUCAAGAGUAGUCUCUGCUUCUGUGUUUGCCGCAAUCUAUAUUCAUAAUCCCCAAAACAGCCAAGUGAAGGUAUGCAAGAGGAGAACUAUUUUUAUGAAUCAACACAAUAAAUAAUAACUGGUAUACACAUACUUCAUGUGUAACAGUUGUGAUGUCUGUCACACAAAAAUGAAUUUAAGAUGAAAAUGCAGAUCAAAAUGUAUUGCUGUAAACAUCCAAUGAAAUUUGAGUUUUUGGCAUGUGAACUACUCUUUUGUUUAUCUGGCAAUGAAUUAACACUGCUCUUGUUGCUUUAAAUUUUG